AUGACAAUCUGGCGCCUUCACCACGCCAAGCUGCGCAUGCAGCUGCGGUGCCAUGCGCGGGGCCUCCGUGGUGUGGCGGGGCUGCGGCGCCUCAUGGGGGACUUCAUUCGAGCGGUGCACCCGGAUCUCUCGCCGGAGUUUCCGGAGGAGGCGCGACGGAUCAACCAGCGGUCCCUGGCGGAGCUCAACGCCUUCAUUGACAUCUUGGAGAAGGACGGCCCACGGCCUUUUGAGGAUGGCCCAGAAUCUGCCCAUGACCUGCCCUUCUUCCGCGCCUUUCGCACCCGCCUGGGCCGCGUGGUGCCGCAGAAGGUGGAGCCGCUCCAGGUGACGCUGCCCUCGCUGCCGGCGGCGGCACAGGAGGCGGAGAAGGAGUUUGCUGCGGCCUAUUUAAUUCGGGGCGCCCAAGUUGCCUUGGAGUCCUCCAGUUCGACCUUUUCAGAUCGACCCGAUGUUCCCAAGUUGUUCACGCAGAAAGGUGCCGGGCGCGCUGCUUUCGAUAAGCUCUGGUGGCAGCAGACCCAGGAGGAACUGCUGCGGGAUGCGCUGCACGGCCCCGACGAUGCUGAAGUGCGGCUUCAUGUGGCCAAACGUGUCUUCGCCUGCAAGUACGCGAGUCAACUGAUGCGACGAUAUCAACGCAUAACGAACAACCAGAGGCGCAAGCUGCGCAUCGCCCAGCUGGACGAAGUCGUUGAAGCGAAGAUCAGGGAGAAGUUUCAUUCCGUCGAGCCAAGUGAAGAGGUCGAGCCAAGUGAGGAGAACGAGAAGAAGGAUCCGCUUCGCGUGUUACAAGGCGGGUUCCAUCCUGACCUUGUCUUCAUGGCUCCUGGGCUCUCAGAGAGCCAACGCCGUGAAGCAAUCCGCAGAGUUUGUGGCAUGAACCUGGCCGAGGCCGACUUCUGGUUGUUGGAAAACCUGUGGAAAGCCAUGCGGACUGGGCCACCUCCAGUGCCCCUGGUGAUAGCGGAGGACUACAAGGCGCAUGGCAGUGGAUUUAUUCAGAUCCCAUGGGAUUUCACUGUGUCGUCUCUAUGUGACUUGUUAGAAGAACACCUGGAGACCACGCGAGAAGCGUUGCAACGCCGGAGGCAAAGAUGCUUGGCGGCUUCGGGUGGUGCAGCCACGGUAAGCCAUGGAUUUUUGGUGGGAAAAACGACUGGCAAAGGGCCACAGAAAAGUUAUAACAUGUUAUAA